UAACGAUUAAUCGCCGGGCCAAACACUGUAUAAAUGGCCCGGGCGAGGUGCUCGCACGUGGACUGCCUCCCGCUACGCAGCCCCGCGCUCCCUGCCGCCAGCGACAUGUGCAUCCUGCGGUCGCUGCUGCUGCGGUCGCUGCUGCUGCCCGCGCUGCUGGCCGCCCCGCAGCCGCUGCGCUGCGCGCCCUGCGCCCCGGAGCAGCUCGCCCGCUGCCCGCCCCUGGCGCCCGGCUGCGCGGAGCCGGCGCGGCCGCCGGGCUGCGGCUGCUGCCCCGCCUGCGCGCUGAGGCACGGGGAGCCCUGCGGCGUCUACACGGCGCGCUGCCGCCAAGGGCUCCGCUGCCUCGUCCCCGUCGAGGAGCCGCGGCCCCUCGCCGCCCUCCUCCAGGGGCGCGGGACGUGCCUGCCUGCCGGCUGGGUCACGGGGAUGCGCGCAGCCGAGCCGCCAGACUCUAUUGAAUCAGAGGAUAUGCCUUUGGAAAGCACUGAAAUGACACAGGAUCAGCUGCUGAACUAUCAGCUGAUGUUUCCUAUAAGCCAGGAAAAAUCCGUCCCCUGGAAUGCCAUCACUGCAUAUGAAAACAUGAAAGCAAAGAGAAUAUCUGAACUCACGAAAUGGAAAGAGCAGGGACCAUGUCAGAAAGAGCUCUACAGGGCCCUGUAUAAAUUGGCAAAGGCACAGCAGAGAACAGGAGGGGAGAUUUUCAAAUUCUACUUGCCCAACUGCAACAAGAAUGGAUUUUACCACAGCAAACAGUGUGAAACUUCACUGGAUGGAGAGUCUGCUGAGUGCUGGUGUGUCUAUCCAAAAAAUGGAAGAAGAAUCCCUGGAUCUCCAAAUAUUAAAGGAGACCCUGAAUGCCAACAGUAUCUCAACUCACAAGAAUCAAACUAAACACAUGCAUUCAUACCAAGAUUUCUGUGGAGCCUGAUCUAGUCAGAAGCCAAUUCAGUAAGGUGGUUUUGUACACUUGAUUUUCAGCAUAUGAGUAACCCCACUGAGGAGGUUUUUUACUGCACUGGGAUUACUCAGAUGCUUGAGUGACAGAUAUGAGCAACUCAAAGAUCAAAUUUCUACAAUCUUGUAUAUUUUGUUUGUAUACUAUUAUAGAUGUCCUCAUAUGUAAAGCUAUUGAAUUAUUUAUUUCACAGUACGUGUAUUUUUAUCUGUGUAUUGCUACUAAUUUAUAUCCUCAAAUAUUUCAUAACUUUAUAUGUAAAUAUAUAAUAUUAUUCCUCUUAAAUGUAUGCAUUUUAUGUUGAAGGAAUGUUGCUACUUAAAACUUCAAAUGGCAUAACUUGAGAAAAAUGGCUUGUAAAAGUGCAUUUUUGUACUACGUAUUUAUAGAUGUAAAAAUGAAUUUAAAAAAAUACCUUUCAGUAGAGAACAUGCUUAGAAACUUAUUUAGAACUUGUUUCAUUUAUAUAUCAUAUUACUUUUGCACCUCUUCUUCAAUGUAAAGCUGAUUCUUAGAAAGGAAAGUCUAAACCUUGAUUAUAUAAUGAAGCUGAUGAUGAGACAGUAUUUAUUUCUAUUUUCCAAACAUAUGCACUGGAUAAAUGGCAGAAUACAAUAGUAUACUCUGUGCCACCUUUGACAGGUAUAAGUUGUUUAUUUGUUGACAUUGUCAUGUUAUUUAAGAUGAGCUAUUAAAUGUCUUCUAUACUGUCCCAGUUUCUUGCUUUCUCUGUGUUCCCAUUCAGCAGUCUGACCUUGCUAGGACAGCACGGCAGUGGGGGGUAGUGUAGGGGAAAACACACCUCUUGUGAGUCUGCAUCCUGAAUUCCUACCUCCAUUUUCCUGCAGUGAGUUUUCUUUUUUAGCUCUUCUCUCCCCAUUCACCUUCUCCCAUCCCCUUCAAUCCCAGCUGUGCUUUGCAAGCCUUUGCCUUGCACAAAGCAGCAGCCUCCAAGGGAAGUUAUUACAAGGUUUUCUGGUAGAAAAUCUGGAUGCCUUUCUCUGCUCAAAAGCCCAAGGCCAGCUGUAUUAGUGUGUUUAAAAGAUAACGUCAAGGCUAGAAGGAGCCAUUUCCUGCACAGAGAGUCAGAGAAUAUAAAAGGGAGGCUGGGGAAAAGCACAGCCUUACUCUUUUUUGCUGAAUGCAGAUCAGAGAGUCCCCCUUGGCUUGGGAUGUGGUUUCCCUCCCUUCCCCCACAUUUUCCUUCCACUUAGUGGUUGCAGAGAAAAAGACAGAAAGCGACUGCUCUGCUGGCUUCAAGCUGGUUUUGCCCAUGGAAAACUGGUGCGGGAGUCAGCAAGUCCCAGAGGUGGAAACAGGCUGCACCAACCCUGCCUGAGAAAACAGCCUGAGCGGAGAGUAAUAACGUUUUCUAAGAGCCUGGCACGAGGGAAACUCAGCAUAAAAUCCUCCUUCUGUUAGUUGGCACAAGGUUUGGGUUUUAAAGGGGAGCAGGAAGCAGCUUGUAGAAAUUGCAAAGCUGAAGUGUGGAGAUUGCUGCUCUCUGCAUCAUGGACCCAUAGCAUUGCUGAAUGUGUUGGCUGUAUUUGCAUGUUAAUAUCAGCUGAUCCAAUUGGAAUCUAAUAAACUGCUCCAGACACAAAAGUAUGGAUAUACUGCUGAGCUUCUUUCUAAAGUGGUUUUAGAUCUUCACAAGGAAAGCAUUGCAAAAGCAGUUGAUGGCAUUGAUAUAAUGAAUAAUUCAUGUUUAACGUCCCUGUAAUGAGCUACAGUGAGGUCUGGCUAAAACUGUGUUCCAUGACGCAUUCACUGUGUCAAAAUGCUUGGCAAUCAUUCCAUCAAAAUAAUGAAGAAACAGCAAAUUUGUGCAGAAUCUUAAAAUCCUUAUGUGGAGUCUACACUGCACCAAACAAAUGUCAUGUGGCUUUGCCAAGGGAAAAUUGUGAAGAAAGAAGGGGAAAUCAUACAUUGAUAGUUACAGCAUACACUUAAGAGUACUCUGACUGCUCUGACCCCAUCAAACUUGUGUAAAAGCUGAUCUCUAAAGAUUGGUUCUUUUUGUUGAGGUAUAUAAAGGAAAUGUUCAUCAUGUUAAUCAUUACAAACAGCACAGUCUAUGUGCAGUAUAGCAAUCCACUGGAAAGAUACUUCUUUGCAGGGUGGCGGGUUCCCAUCAUAUUUGCAAGAAAUCAGAUUUUUUAACAGGGACAUUAAAUGCCAUGUUCCGCGAGCAGAAGUUGCUUCGUACAGCAUUCAGGUAUGAAAGGCCAAUUUCUUAGAGGAGUUUAGCUUCUUGCCUCCCACUGAAAGCAACAGAG